CCCCCCGCGGAGCAAGCAGUUGGGACGCCGGCUUUCUCCUUCCUGCCUCGUUAGCGGCCGGCGAAGCAACUUUAGGGGAGUUGCUUCAACCUUUUUGGUUGUCAUUUUCUGCAUCUUUUUCAUCUCUGCAAUAUCCUUUUUUGAGAAAGUGAAGAAUGCCUAAAAAGAAGACGGGCGCUCGCAAGAAGGCCGAGAGCCGCAAAGAACGGGAGAAGCAGAUAAGGGCUUCAAGAGGCAACAUUGAUUUGGCUAAACAUCCCUGCAAUGCUUCCAUGGAAUGUGAUAAAUGUCAAAGACGGCAGAAAAAUCGAGCUUUUUGUUACUUUUGUAGCUCUGUCCAGAAGCUGCCCAUUUGCGCACAGUGCGGAAAAACAAAAUGCAUGAUGAAAUCUUCCGACUGUGUCAUAAAACAUGCUGGUGUGUACAGCACUGGGCUUGCUAUGGUGGGGGCCAUAUGUGAUUUCUGUGAAGCUUGGGUUUGCCAUGGCAGGAAAUGCCUUAGCACCCAUGCUUGUAUCUGUCCUCUGGCCGACGCAGAGUGCAUUGAAUGCGAGAGAGGUGUCUGGGAUCAUGGAGGAAGAAUAUUCAGCUGCUGUUUUUGCCACAAUUUUCUCUGCGAAGAUGAUCAGUUUGAACAUCAGGCCAGCUGCCAAGUCCUGGAAGCCGAGACCUUUAAAUGUGUUUCCUGUAACCGACUUGGGCAGCAUUCAUGUCUCCGUUGUAAGGCUUGUUUCUGCGAUGAUCACGCACGGAGUAAGGUUUUCAAACAAGAGAAGGGAAGGGAGCCUCCCUGCCCUAAGUGUGGCCACGAAACGCAACAGACUAAGGACCUGAGCAUGUCAACACGAUCUCUGAGGUUUGGCCGACAGACAGGAGGCGAAGAGGCUGACGGGGCUUCUGGCUAUGACGCCUAUUGGAAGAACCUUUCAGCUGGCAAAGAUGAUGAUUAUGAAGCAGAGGAUGAUGAUGAAGACGAGGAGGAGGAGGAAGGAGGGAGGGAUUCGGAAACGGAGGCAACCGGUAUGUUUGGUCACUUGAAUUUAGGAAGGACCUAUGCCAGCGGCUACGCACACUAUGAGGAGGCUGAUGACUAAGGCUGCUUUUGUAAGCACACUUUUAAGAGGCAGUAAGUCCCCUUUAACAUAGUGGCCCUUAAUUUCCGGGUAAACAUGCUUAGCAUCUGGCCAUAAGCCCACAUUUAUGGUGGAGCUAGCAUUUGAGAGGAACUCUUUGUGUGCUUAGUGAAUUUUUAUGUGUGGUGGCACUGGAAUAACACAGCUAGGCUUUUCAAAUAGCAAAGCUUACUAGGAACCAAAAGGAAUGGAGCAAUUUGCAGGAGAUCAAGAAAAGAUUUGUAUGGCUAAAGAUAUUGGAAGACUUGGGAGAGUAAAGUGUGUGAGGGUUCACAUUAGUUCAGGGAACUUGGAAAUGAGGAUGAGACCUAAUGCUCUCUCUACAGCAUAAGUUGGAAGUGUGGGAAGGCUGAGGUAAUUUUUGUUUCCAGGCAUUCUUCAGAAGCAAAGUUAUUUUUCUUGAGUAAUUUUGGGGGAGGGUUGUGUUACCAUGUUUCAUUAAUUCAUAAGUAUUGGUGGCAGUGGGCAUCAACUAUUUUUAUAUAUUGAAAGCUGUCUCCUAGGUUUUUCAUAAAUAUUGAUCUAGCUUGAGCACUUGGGGAAAUGCUUGCUACAAGCUAUUGUACUCUAAAUAUAAAUUGAAAAUAAAGUUACUUUGACAUUUUGUGUAAGCAAGACUGAUCAAUAUAGUCUCUUGUAAUGCACUACUGGAGAAUUGUCAGUUCCUGCCUUUUUGAACGGCCAGACAUUAACUGUAGCGCUCGCAGCCACUUGCAGUGUGACCUAAAUAAACUUUUGAUCUUAGAUUUGUCGCCAUAAAAAUGUCGCUCCAUCCUCCUUGCCUAAUAAAGUCCAUCUCUCUCUCUCUUUCA